UAAAAAUCCUUAAAUAGGGGCUACAAAUCAUUAUGGACCUCAUCUCCAUGUCCACCAAACAGAGAGUCUUUUACUUAGGUACAUCAAAUUAAAACCUUUCCAAACUUCCAACGAUUCCAUGGGUUGUUCCAAACUUGGAUAUCUCAUAUAAUUCCAACACCAAAUAAUUUAUGCUAUCCACGACCACUUUCUCUCUCUAUGAUUGCACACAACCAUAAGCGUCCUUGUCAUACGUACACACCCACCAUUUCAUAAGUGUUCCAUUUGGCUUAAUGGCUUAUUGUUUUUUUCCAUUUGUCUUGCAGAAAAUAUUCUCUCUUUGUUAAUUGCUUACUUAUUUUCGUCCAACAUGUCUCUCUCUCAAGUUUCUUCUUCUGCUUCAUCAUCUUCUCAAAAUUCCAAUUCUCCACUAAAAGUGCAGUUGGUAUCCAAAUCCACAUCCGACCAACUUCUUGAAAAGUUCUUUGAUGCUGCUGAAUUCGACUUUGAUUACGAACAGAGCGGUCUUUGGUCUCCUCCGGUGCGGCGGAGCGUGUUCAUGAGCUCACCGGGUAAAAUAUUUACUGAACAAGAAAUGCUUGAGAGGCUUAAGACUAUGAUGGAUGCUCGUGACAGUGGUAGAAGAUACAGAAUGUUUUUCAGAGCAUCAUGUUGCUCUUGAGGACAUGUGGAAGCCUGUCACUGUAACCUGCUAUCAUCAUUACCAUGCAGUGGGGACUAUGUUGAAGGUCAAGAAAAAUUAACAAAUGUAGAGCAAAAGUAGGGGAGAUAAAGAAUCAAAGACAGUCCCAAAAUUUUUAUUGUUUUAUCAUGUUUGAUGUAAAUGUAUAUUGUUUCAAAAGAAACUAAAGAGGAAAGAAAGAUAUAGGUAAUUGGGGAUUUGUUUUUUUUUUUUUUUUUUUUUUAGGUGGAUCU